UUUCGGCACAUUCUCCGCUCGACCUGAAGCGCCGCCUGUCAUGGGUUCUGCUAACGAUUUCGUAUAAAAAAACCUAAAUCAAGAACGAGACGAGCGAGGCUUUGGCAACGUUUUUGAUAAUUUGCAAGCCGAACUCACCGAGGAAGCGUGUCGCGGAUUUCGGUGCACGGUGAGAGCAACUCGCGCUUGCUUGAAAAAUUCGUAGUAGUGUAGUGCCGCCCCGUUGCCAGCAUUUGCUCCACCACAGAUCGCAUAAUGGCAGCCAGCGAUUCGGCAGGCGACGAUUCGCUUUACCCGAUCGCCGUACUUAUCGACGAGCUGAAAAAUGAAGAUGUGCAGUUGCGGUUGAACUCCAUUAAGAAGCUCUCGACGAUUGCGCUGGCGCUCGGCGUCGAACGCACCCGCACCGAGCUCAUUCCAUUCCUCACAGAGACUAUCUAUGAUGAAGAUGAAGUACUCCUUGCACUUGCUGAACAGCUUGGCAACUUCACCGUGUUGGUCGGCGGGCCGGAGCACGCCUACUGCCUGCUGCCGCCGCUGGAGAGCCUCGCCACAGUGGAGGAAACUGUGGUCAGGGAUAGGGCUGUUGAGUCAUUGAGAAAUGUGGCAGUGCAACAUAAUCCUGGAGAUUUGGAGACACAUUUCAUCCCAUUGGUACUCAGAUUGUCUUCUGGAGAUUGGUUCACAUCUAGAACAUCUGCUUGUGGACUUUAUGCUGUUUGUUAUCCACGCGCCUCAGCCACAAUUAAAGCUGACCUACGUUCACAUUUCCGCACCUUAUGCACAGAUGACACUCCGAUGGUGCGACGUGCGGCAGCUGGAAAAUUGGGCGAAUUAGCGCGUGCCGUUGAAUUGGAGUACGUGAAAUCUGAUCUUAUCCCGAUGUUUGUGAAUUUGGCCCAAGAUGAACAAGACUCAGUUCGUUUGUUGGCUGUUGAUGCUUGUAUUACGAUCGCUUCUCUUUUGGAACAAGAGGAUGUUGAACAGUUAGUAAUGCCUACUCUUCGUCAAAGCACAGGAGAUACAUCAUGGAGAGUGCGCUAUAUGGUUGCCGAUCACUUCACCAAUCUUCAAAGCGCUGUCGGCGACGAAAUCACACGCACCGACCUAGUGCCGGCCUUCCAGAGUCUCUUAAAAGACACCGAGGCUGAAGUACGCGCCGCGGCUGCUAACAAAGUGCGCGAUUUCUGCGCUAACCUCGGUAAGCCCCAUCAGGAAAGCAUCAUCAUGACGAACAUCCUGCCCUGUGUGAAGGAGCUCGUCGCCGAUCCUAACCAGCACGUUAAAUCCGCUCUCGCCUCGGUCAUCAUGGGCCUUAGUCCGAUUCUUGGCCGUCACAACACAGUCGAGCACCUUCUCCCGCUCUUCCUUUCACAGUUGAAGGACGAAUGCCCCGAGGUGCGUCUCAAUAUCAUCUCAAACCUUGACUGCGUCAAUGAGGUGAUCGGUAUACAGCAGCUCUCCCAAUCGCUGCUGCCAGCCAUCGUCGAACUUGCGGAAGACUCCAAGUGGCGUGUGCGCUCUGCAAUUAUCGAGUACAUGCCAUUGCUGGCUGGCCAGUUGGGCAAGGAGUUCUUUGACGAGAAGCUCAACGCUCUUUGCAUGACGUGGCUUAUGGAUCACGUCUUUGCCAUUCGUGAGGCCGCCACAAUGAACCUGCGUAAAUUGGUCGAUCAGUUCGGCGCUGAGUGGGCGGAAAACACUAUCAUCCCUAAAGUUUUGGCCAUGUCGCGCGACCAGAACUACCUGUACCGCAUGACCUGCCUGUUUUGCAUUAACGUGCUUGCGGAGGCGUGCGGUAGCGACAUUUCUACGCGCCUACUCAUGCCAACCGUACUGAGUAUGGCUGGCGAUAAAGUCGCCAAUGUGCGCUUCAACGUCGCUAAAACACUGCAGAAGAUUGCGCCGCAGCUAGACCAGGCCGUUAUCCAACCGCAGGUGAAGCCAGUACUCGACAAGCUGAACGGCGACGCCGACAUCGACGUCAAGUACUCAGCGUCGGAGGCCAUCACUGGGAUCGCAGCCCUAGGUUGAACGAAAACUUGUUGAUCGGGCGAACACACUGCAUUUGUACACAUAAAUUUUCUAAAAACAAAAAACAGACAGAUACAAAUCCUCAUUGAUGCGACAUACAUAAAACAAACAUAAACAUAAAAAGCAAAAGCAAAAACAACCCAAUAAUCAACAACUCGUAGUUAGUUAUAAUUAUUGUUUUAAGUUACUAUGUCAUGUAAUCGAAAUUUGAAUUUUGAGUUGAAAACAAAUGAUGGACCUGGGAUAAAUACGCCGUAGAGAGAACAUGCUAAAAUGCGCUGUAAUCGAGCGGUGCGCCGAGCAAAACCGGUGUUAGGGAAAAUAUGGUGAUAAAAAGAAAACGUGUAUAGAUAAUUUUUUUUAUUGCUAUAUAAUCGUGUCUCUUGUCUUGGUUCUCGAAUAAUUUGUAGGUUUUCGUUGUUCACACAAACACACCUUAUUUUUGGGCACCUUUUGUAUCGCGAAACGAUUUUAUUUAUUGUAAUGUAUUAAUUUUAGGGGAAACGUAAUAACCAUAAAUUUAUCUAAACAUGAUGGCGCAUUCAGCGCGGCGACACGUGCAAAGUGUGGCAUUGUGCAUGCAAAUUGACGAUUGCUACUUAAACAAGUUAUUUACUAAAACUGAUAUAAAAAAUUGCAUCGAUUGUAUAGUCGUAGUGCGACCCCCGAUUGAAUUGAUUUUUGUUUCGUCGAUUGCGAUUGCGCCCGCUUGACUUGGAGCGCAGGAGGGCAACAAAUACAGCACACACGACACACAUGCGAAAGUCAGCAUCGUUGAACAUCUUUUUUUCGGCGACUUGGCGGCGAUGAGUGUAUAAUCUUUUCUUUUGCAUUGAUGUGUAUACAAAAUGUUUGUUGAUUUGGCGGCCAUCAUUCUAUCUUACAAAAUAAAAUUUUAUAUAAAAUUUAAAA